AUGAUGCCGGAUGCAGCUGCAGCUGAAGUAGUCCGAUUACAGCAAGCUUUAGUGGCUAACCGGAACGAGUUGAAAGGCGCUUACCAGCAGGCCAGACGGCAGCAAAAGAGAGUGCAAUGUUGUGGCCUGGGGCCUGCAGCUCGCCGAACGACCCUAGCUGUGUAUGUGCUGUCCAACUACAACAUAGCUCUCGCUGUCCGCGUGGCUUGCAGGUUAUCCACGUACAAGCGCCCUGAGGAUGCUGGGUUCCCAACAGCUGCAGCCCUAGAAGAGCUUUUUUUGGAAUCCCCGCCAACAGACUGGCUUGAAUUCGGCGAGCUAGCAGCGCAGAGGGCACACGCCUUUUUGGCAGAGGCCGCAACUUCGGAUUGGGUGCGUGAUUGCAAUGUCUUGCAUGGUGUGGCCCCUUCCUCGAUGGACGUCUUCUUGCACUGGGAGCAUGCCUUUAUCGGCCAUCAGCUCGACGUGGGUGUCCCUCCGCGACGCUACGUGAACAAGUGGGCGCAGAAGUGGCGUGCGCGCUGGGGUGUCCGCCGCAAAGUGUUGAAACAGGUGGUGCACAAGGUCAAUGCUUUUUGGCGGCAUCUGCGCUAUCUAUACCAGAAGCUUGCCGACCGAGACAUUCUCAUGUUGAAUGUUGAUGAGACGAGCGUAGGGUAUACCAUGAAGCCGCGGCUUGGCAAUGUGGUGGCUCCUGCGGUCGCGAAAGUGUCGAGUCUCCAUAUUGUCUGCCUGUGUGACACACGGCUUGCCGGCGUCCCUGCGCAUGCCAUGAUGCCGGAUGCAGCUGCAGCUGAAGUAGUCCGAUUACAGCAAGCUUUAGUGGCUAACCGGAACGAGUUGAAAGGCGCUUACCAGCAGGCCAGACGGCAGCAAAAGAGAGUGCAAUGUUGUGGCCUGGGGCCUGCAGCUCGCCGAACGACCCUAGCUGUGUAUGUGCUGUCCAACUACAACAUAGCUCUCGCUGUCCGCGUGGCUUGCAGGUUAUCCACGUACAAGCGCCCUGAGGAUGCUGGGUUCCCAACAGCUGCAGCCCUAGAAGAGCUUUUUUUGGAAUCCCCGCCAACAGACUGGCUUGAAUUCGGCGAGCUAGCAGCGCAGAGGGCACACGCCUUUUUGGCAGAGGCCGCAACUUCGGAUUGGGUGCGUGAUUGCAAUGUCUUGCAUGGUGUGGCCCCUUCCUCGAUGGACGUCUUCUUGCACUGGGAGCAUGCCUUUAUCGGCCAUCAGCUCGACGUGGGUGUCCCUCCGCGACGCUACGUGAACAAGUGGGCGCAGAAGUGGCGUGCGCGUUGGGGUGUCCGCCGCAAAGUGUUGAAACAGGUGGUGCACAAGGUCAAUGCUUUUUGGCGGCAUCUGCGCUAUCUAUACCAGAAGUUUGCCGACCGAGACAUUCUCAUGUUGAAUGUUGAUGAGACGAGCGUAGGGUAUACCAUGAAGCCGCGGCUUGGCAAUGUGGUGGCUCCUGCGGUCGCGAAAGUGUCGAAGCAGGAUCGGAGAGCCAUGUCGUCAGAAGCAGCACCUGCUGAUGUUGCGGCCGUUGCGCCGCCGGCAGACCGUUUGGCAGAUUUGAAAGCAGCGCGACAGGCGCUGAAGCGGCAGUUGGCGCAAGCAACCCGAGAGGUGAAGAGCCAGGAGAAAAAACGCCGUCGCAUCAUGCAGCAAGCUGGGAAACUGAGCACGGCAGAUUUGUCGUGGCUGUUGGCGGUCAAGGUUGCCAAUGGUCGUUUUUCAGCCAUGCAAGCGCUGGGACAACAGUCUCGAGUGGCGCGGAAAGUCCGUGCGUACUUGACGAAAACAAAGCUGCUGAACGGCCCCCCUGACCGGGAGGCACGCAAGCAGCUGCUGAUAUGGCUGCGCGACAAAUGGGCUGCGCAGCGAAUGGCCGCUCGGAAUGAGCACGGACACGCCAAGCGGCAGCGGUGGAGAGCUUCAUUUGCACAAGCCGACAGGCCGCAGAUUUUGCGCGACAUGUUGCCGCAAAUUCCUGUGAAGUUUGCACGUGCUGCACGUGACCUACUGGCAGGGUGGCAUGUCGAAGAGCCGAUUGUCAACGAGCCAUCGCCGCAAGCAUACAAGGGCACUGGUACUAUGUUCCGAUACAGUGGCUCCUUUAGCAUGAUUGAGCAUCAACCUUCCUUGGACCUGCUUGCGGCAGGACCAUCUGUCGACAUUGAUCUGCUCAGUGCCGGCCUACGAAACGCACCGCAGGUGCUUGCCAUUUGGGAUGACUUUCAAAGUUGGAUGACCGAGCUCGGCAACAAGUACCGCUUUGAACGGGUCAGCACCGCCCUGGAGCUCCACACAGAGGUGACGCUGCAACGCAGAGUGCCUUCCAUUCACUUGCACAUGAUGUUUGACACCCGCGACUCGGCAGCAAUGCGGGCUCUAGCACCGUACCUUCCUGGCCCAUGCACCCGCAUGUUGCGGCCAGGGCGACAAGUGCAUCUGUCUGGACAAAGUUUGGCAUUUCGUGGGUGCAAGCCGCACAUCUCCUUGGAUUCCUCGCAGGCUCGUGGGCGGUCAGUCCGUCGUGCACUGGAUCAAGGGCACUUUUAUCUCCAAGUGGAGAAGAAAGGGUCCAUUUUUCGCCAGACCACUUGCCCAGCAUACCAGACUUUCACAGUGAGCCCCGACUGGGUGACUGGACUUUGGCAGGGGGAUAAGAUUAACAAGGAGUGUGCCGAGCAGCACUACGUCCAGUGCAAGCGCAACAUUCGUGCUUACUGUGAGAACCUGAAGUACCAUGGCCAGAAACAACGGGAGCUGUACAUUCAGCAGCAGCAGGCUGCUGCAGCAGAGCUCUUGCGCCCACUGCAGAAAGAGCCAGUGGAACUACCAGAAGUGACGCAGCUGUUCUUGCCACAGUUCACGCGGCCUAUGCAUCGCCGAAAAUUCUUGGUGCUGAAUGGCCCAACGCGCCUGGGGAAGACUGUCUAUGCACGGUCUCUCUUUGGCGCAGAUCACACGUAUGAAACCAAUUGUUCCGGGGUGUUGGAGCCCGACAUGAGGGAAUAUGAUGUGCUACGGCACCGGUGUGUGGUGUUUGAUGAAGCUAGUGUCCAUCUUGUCUUGAAGCACAAAAAAUUGUUUCAGGCGCCGCCUGCCGAAAUUUCACUUGGGCACUCGGCGACAGGCAUGUAUGUUUAUCGCAUCUGGGUUUGGAAUGUCGCUCUCAUUGUCACAUCCAAUGUCUGGACCACCGAACUGGAGCAGCUCGCUGCAGAAGAUCGGGAAUGGCUAGAAGGGAAUGCGAGUCUCCAUAUUGUCUGCCUGUGUGACACACGGCUUGCCGGCGUCCCUGUGCAUGCCAUGAUGCCGGAUGCAGCUGCAGCUGAAGUAGUCCGAUUACAGCAAGCUUUAGUGGCUAACCGGAACGAGUUGAAAGGCGCUUACCAGCAGGCCAGACGGCAGCAAAAGAGAGUGCAAUGUUGUGGCCUGGGGCCUGCAGCUCGCCGAACGACCCUAGCUGUGUAUGUGCUGUCCAACUACAACAUAGCUCUCGCUGUCCGCGUGGCUUGCAGGUUAUCCACGUACAAGCGCCCUGAGGAUGCUGGGUUCCCAACAGCUGCAGCCCUAGAAGAGCUUUUUUUGGAAUCCCCGCCAACAGACUGGCUGGAAUUCGGCGAGCUAGCAGCGCAGAGGGCACACGCCUUUUUGGCAGAGGCCGCAACUUCGGAUUGGGUGCGUGAUUGCAAUGUCUUGCAUGGUGUGGCCCCUUCCUCGAUGGACGUCUUCUUGCACUGGGAGCAUGCCUUUAUCGGCCAUCAGCUCGACGUGGGUGUCCCUCCGCGACGCUACGUGAACAAGUGGGCGCAGAAGUGGCGUGCGCGUUGGGGUGUCCGCCGCAAAGUGUUGAAACAGGUGGUGCACAAGGUCAAUGCUUUUUGGCGGCAUCUGCGCUAUCUAUACCAGAAGUUUGCCGACCGAGACAUUCUCAUGUUGAAUGUUGAUGAGACGAGCGAGCGUAGGGUAUACCAUGAAGCCGCGGCUUGGCAAUGUGGUGGCUCCUGCGGUCGCGAAAGUGUCGAAGCAGGAUCGGAGAGGAGCUUGGACAUACCUCAGCCUCAUUUGCAAUUCUACAGAUGUCCAAGGGAAGUUACCACAUUACCUGAUAGGUUCCAAGACGAGGCUGACGCGCAAGUUGCUGCGGGCACAGAAAGCCUUGCCACCAACCCGAUUGAAGAUCAUUGCGCAAAAGUCUGCAUGGACUUCUGCUGCGAACAUGGUGCAACUCUUGCGAGACAUUGGUGA